AUGACCCCUCCUUCGGAAAACAGUACUGGUGCGGAGGAAGACACGGUUGAUGAACAUGAUGUUCUCGGAAAUGGAUUCGCAGAUAUAUCACAGGACAUCGACGCAGAAGAUGCAGAGCAUUUGGCUGGAGGUCGGAUUUCUGAGCUGCUACGAGAAGAGAGAGAUGAGGGCACCUUGACGCCGCAGAAGCUGGGGAAUGGUACAAAGUACAAGCAGCCUCAAGAUUCUGAGAAUGCAUCCGAGGAUGGAUCUGUGGGAGCACCUCCUCGGAGGGUCAGUAGUCCCAUAGACUCAGUCUUAUCUAUUCCAGAUGAUUCUCCCUCUGUCCAGGGCUCCAUGUUGUCUUCUCCUGCCGGAAGUGGCAUAUUACCAUCAGUCGCAUCCAGGCCGGGCCUCGAUAGUCCUACUCCAUCGUUUCGACCAUUCGACCGCCGGUUCUCCUCGCGUCUUUCUAUAUCAUCCUUAAAUGUUCCUCGCUCUAGUUCGCCUGGUUUCAUGAGACCACAUUCGCGGCAGGUUUCAAUUAAUAGUCAGAUGCUACAAGAUGCAGGAGAUACAGAUACACCGUCUCCACCUUGGGAGGUUGUGCGGUGGACAAAAUUGAAGAAACUUAGCGGGCAAGCAUUUUCUGAAGUUGGCAAGCGUAAUUUUGGUACAACAACAUGUAUAGCAGUUUCUGCAUCUAUAGUGCUAGGCACAUCGAAAGGAGUAAUUUUAAUUUUUGACUACCAUCAAAAUCUCAAAUCUAUAAUUGGACCGGGUACAAAGGCUGUUGAAUCUGGCGCCGUAACUUCUAUUGCCAUAUCUGCUGAUCACCUUGUGGUUGCUGGUGGUCAUGCCAAUGGUAGUAUUUUCACGUGGGAAACCGCAAGACCAGCCCGCCCAUUUCUCCAUAUUCCAUCGCUCGAACCCUUCCAAUUAGCGAACCGCAGUGUUGAUGGCCAUGCUCCAAACAUUGCGAUUCGACAUCUAGGAUUCUUGGGCACUAGACAUACGGCACUUGUGUCAGCAGAUGAUCGUGGAAUGGCCUUUUCGCAUCUUGCAACCAGAGGUAUGGGUGCUGUUGGACGAACAGUCCGAACCACUAGGAUAUUAGGCCGAUAUCCAAAUGAUAUUGGCACUUCCGGGAAGCCUCGAAAACCAAGCACUGUCUUGGCCUUCUCACCUCUCCCGCUUGGAAAUGUAGAGAAAGGAACUGAUACUCUAGGUUUGACUGCCAUGUUGACUCCUUAUCUACUCGUAAUUGUAUCCACAACUCCAAUCGCUCAAACUCAACAUAAAGCUGCUCGACCAAAAGAGGUCGCUGCCCACAGCGCUAUGAGUGGUUGCCUCGCAUGGUUUCCUGCAGUAAAACUGAAGGUUCCAGAUCCUGAUGAUGGCAGCCAGAGUUCUAAAGUCAAGCUGGUAUAUUGUUGGUCUAAUAUUUUAACUGUGCUGGAUGUGGAAGAAACACCAUCUGACAACAAAGAUAAACCCCCCAGUCUAUCCUUUAAACCUCGUAGUCGCUGGAGGGCGGAAGAAGCUAUUGUUGCCGUUCAGUGGCUUAGUCGAUCCGUUCUCACAGUAUUGACGAUUACACAACGCCUGAUUAUUUUGGAAGACGUAAGUAUGCGAAUGACUGAAGCAUUCGAUUUAGUACACAAACAUAUCUUUCACCAAGAUUUGUUUUCCGAACAACUGCAUACCUUGGUAGAGCAAUUGGACGAAGAAGACCCAUCUAUGCAUGGUGUUGUUGCAGAUGCAUUUUAUAUGAGCUUCAAAGCUUACAAGAGUCGAAUGUUUCUUCUUGGCUUCAAUGAUGUAUCAAUAGGAACACUAUCGAAUUGGGCAGACCGACUAAUCGCAUUGAUGGAAGAUGGUGAUUAUAUUGGUGCCAUUCAAUUGGCGACAUCCUACUAUACUGGUGAUGCAGAUAAGUUGACCAUUGGACUACCGGAGGAUACUACGUUACGACAUUCUAUGGUACAAGACAAAUUGGUCGAGAUUAUGACUGCUUCUCUCAAAUUCGCUUUCGGUCAGCGACAAAGAUACCCGGCUGCUACAGAUGAGCACCUCAAGCAAUUGGCUGAAGCUUGCUUCGAAGCAUCUCUUAGUAUCAACGAUAUAGAUUUCCUCUUCGAUGAGGCUUUUGAAUGGUACGAGGAUGGAGGUUCGGAGGGUAUUUUCCUCGAGGUUCUAGAACAGUACAUAUUGGAACAACGUCUUACCUCAAUACCACCCACUGUGGUCAAAUCCAUGGUUUCCUACUUCGUUGGCAAAGGCUUCGAAAGUCGCUUGGAAGAGAUGAUUUGCCAAAUGGAUACGGCAACAUUAGAUAUUGACGAAGUCACUACGCUUUGCAAACAGCACAAUCUCUACGAUGCCCUCAUUUACGUCUGGAACCAAGCAUUGCACGAUUACAUAACCCCUCUCAUUGAUCUUCUCACAUUAUUGAUUCCCCUGGUUCAAAAUGGCGAAUCUCUAUACGAUGGGAACGUGACGGAAGAUUCCAUUUUUGGUGUCAAUGCAUUGAAAAUGUUUCCAUACAUGUCAUAUACGUUUACAGGCCGAGUUUAUCCUACCGGGGAUCAACUUGAGGAUCAAGAAGCUAUGAAUGCUAAAGCUGAACUCUACUGGUUUCUCUUCUCGGGAAAAACAAUUUCUUGGCCAAAAGGAAAUACCAAACCAUUCUUAACAAAACCGAACGAAGAUAUCGAGCCUUCUUUUCCUUACUUAAGAACGGUUCUUAAAUUUGACGCACCGAGCUUUCUCAGUGCUUUGAACGAGGCAUUCGAGGACUCUUUCCUUAAUGAUACUCCGGAUCGUGCUGUCAAUGGUGGCUCAAAUCGUGAUAUGUCGGAGGAGCAUGUAUUUGGCCUUUCCGUUAACAGACAAUAUAUCGUCACGAUACUCCUAGAGGUGAUGAAUGCCAAUGAGUUUGCAUCAGAAGAUACUAUCUAUUUGGACAUGUUCAUCGCUCGAAACUUACCGAAGUUUCCUCAGUAUUUAUUGCUUUCUGGGACAUCUCUGCACAAAGUCUUGACAGGCUUGUGUAAUUAUCCUGGCGAGGAUCUUGCAGAUGAUGCCCAGCUCAGUGCAGAAUACCUAUUAUCAGUAUACCAUCCGACUGAUCUAGCCUCAUUAAUGCCUUUGUUUCAAAAGGCAGGUUUUUAUCGAGUUCUGAAAAGCAUAUAUAAAUCAGACAAACAAUACAGCCAACUCGUUCAGGCGUACUUUGAUGAUCCCGAGGAUCGAGAAAAAAUAUUCGAUUGUAUCGCUGACUGCCUAAGACCUCGUUCUGGGUUAACCAAGCGACAAGUUCGAGAGGUGCAUGAAGUUAUUGAGAAGCAUGCAAGUGAUCUGGUCGGGCUCGAUGCUAAAAACGCUGCCCUGACGAUCCAGAACUAUGCUCCUACUCUCCACGAAAAGAUGUUGGCCUCUUUUCCCGAACUGUCAGAGGUACAGUAUAUCUAUUUGCACAGCAUUAUGGAAAUGGCAGCUGGCCAAGAAGAGAGCCCCAAACGCUCACCCCCUGGUGAACUCACCGAGCAAUAUGUUCAGCUUAUGUGUAAAUAUGACGCUCAACAUGUGGUGGAUUACGUUGAAUUAGUGCAAUCAUCUGAUCUCCGACUCGAGAAAGUAUUACCUUACAUGGAAGAGAGCGGCGUUGUCGAUGCUGCUGUCGUUUUGAUGGCUCGCGAAGGUCAAAUUAGAGCUGGUAUGGAUCGACUGAUAGAACAUCUAAGGAUAUUAGAGGCUACUCUGACGGGUAUUCUUUUCGCAUCGGCUGAUGCUACGAGAUCCAUGAAUGCAAGCGAAGCCGUGGAAAAUACUCUCACUGCGCUUCAAAAAUAUAUUAAUGUAGGAAUCUGGUUAUGUCAAAGCCAAACGUCAACGCAAUCAAACCAUAUAAACGGAACUCCGAGUAAAAGAAAGUCUUCCGGAAAAUCCGAACUUCUUCCUGAAGAGGUGCUUUGGCUAGACCUUAUAGACAUUGCGGUACAAAUUACCCGCACACUGUCUCCAGGCCUGGACGACGCAAAAGCAUCAAUUUCAAAUGAAGUGGAUCGUGAGAAGUUCACCACUCAACUCCGUACUCUUGUCCAGCGAACUUUUACAGCCCUCCUAACCUCGACAUCAACGCCAACCUCCUUCGGUGAAAACUUAUCUUUCUUGCGUAUCUUACGAGCAUUCUUGACGAAGGCAUCAAUUUCGUCUCCCAACCUCAGUGAUUUGCGCGCCGUACUUGCUUCAGUAUUUUCAGCAUAUGCUUAUGAGGAGAGCAUUCUGAGCUUAGCGAAUCGACUACUCGACAAAGAUCUCUUCGUCAAUGUGCAGUCCGUUAGCAAUCUUCGUCAAAGAGGAUGGAGACCGCGAGGCUCCACUUGUGAGGGCUGUGGUCGAAGGGCAUGGGGGCCUGGUGUUUCGGGUGAUGUGUUUUCUCAGUGGGAAGAACGACAAGAAGUGGAAGAACAGGAGCGACAGAAAAGACGAAUGCUUUUGAGCGGAGGUGCUCCUGAACGAGGAAAGGGUAUAGCUCCAGCUAGAAGUGAUAGUUUACCAAAGUUUGACGAUGAUAGUAGUGGAAACAGGAAUGGCAAAGGUAAAGAAAAGAGCAUGGAUGAAGAAUCGGUAGCAGGGCCUCGAGAUGAAUUGAAUGGUCAACGGGGUGGCAAUGAUGAUAAUGAUGACAAGGGUCAGCAGGAGUUAGGACCACUAGUGGUGUUUGCUUGUAGACAUAUUUAUCAUCGGGCUUGUUUGGAGGCAAUACAAACCGAUGAUAAUGCGACAAGGCAUGGGAUUCAUGAUGGAAGGGAAUUCAGGUGUCCUAUAGAUGGGUAG